AACUGUGAAAGCUAACAGUGAAAGCUAACUGUGAAAGCUAACAGUGAAAGCUAACCAUUAAAGCUAACUGUGAAAGCUAACAGUGAAAGCUAACCAUUAAAGCUAACUGUGAAAGCUAACAUUGAAAGCUAAUUGUGAAGGCUAACCAUGAAUGGUAAAAUGAUAAACGGACUGAACUUUUCCAGACAUUUUGACCACUCAAAUCGCUUUACACUAGAGUCACAUUCACCCUCACAAACACAUACCCAUUCAUACACCGAUACACAAUUUGGGGUUAAGUACCUUGCCCAGAGGUACAUCGACAUGUGGCAGGAGGAAGCUGGAAUCGAACCUACAACCAUAAAACAGGGGAGCCCAAACAUUUUGAGACCAAGAUCUACUUUUUCUGUCACCAGCCGGCUGAGAUCUACCUCAUGACACAAAGACAUAAAAAUAGUAAAUGAAACUCUAUUGACUUAUUUUAUAUGCAAAUAUCCAUCAGUUAUAGCAGAAAAAUUAAAGUGAUUGCAAACCUGAUGCAGUUUCUUCCUCAGUGAGAUUCUGACACUGGGAACAGGUUACUGGUUUCUCACAGUCUGGAACUGGUUGGAAAUCUGAGGCCAGCAGGUAUCAAUCAGUUCUGGUAGAUCUCAACUUUGGUUUGAUGACCUCAAGAUAAGAAAUUUCAGACUGAAAGAGCAGCGCUAAGUUAAAAGCACAUCUUCUGAUGUCAGGAUAUUUUCCCUCCAACUCCUGCUCUGCUAGUCACUCGGUCUUUGAGCCGCCAUUUUUUAUGGAACCGAAAAGCACAGAAUUGUGCGACAUCUUGUUGAAACAAUAAUGAUAUUAUUAUUUUUGUUGGGUCAUUCACUUGAACAAGUUUUGUUGAUUUUUUCAAUUCUUUAAUAACAUUACAAACAUUUUGCAUCUUAGUGAAUAUUUUUGAUAAUCGCAUCAGAAGAAGACCUGCUGGUUUCAGCCUCUUGGUGGCGUUACUGCCAAGAUCGACUCAAAACCUUCUGUGAUCGACGGAUCAUCGUGAUCGACUUGUUGAGCACCCUGCCAUAAAAGCUAACAAUGAAAGCUAACCACAAUUUCCUGACAAGGAAGACCCUCAUGAUUUGGGGAUUUGGGGGUUUCAGUGUUUGGGGGUUUGGGUAGAUGUUGGGUUGCUGCUCAUGUUGACAUUAAGCACUUUAUUUCUUGUGGCUUUCUUGUUAUAAUCUUCUGAUUGGUUUAUUUUAGUUUCCAUCAAAGCACGAAGCAGCUCUGGUCUCACCUCAGCACAUCUGGUUCUGACUCUUCAAGCCAGACAGAACCGAGCCUGGACCCGUUCCUCUGCUGGACCAGUUCUGUUGCUGAAGUCCUAGUAAAAUUCCUCUCAUUUAGCCAACUGAGAAGAAUAACGGAAGGCUUUUUAUACAGCUGAAGAAAUCAUCUCAACUUGUGUCAGGAAUGUUUAACACUUUGUGACGAUUCAAAGGGCGACGCCCCCUGCUGGUCAUGUGACCUCUUCCUGUUGAUUGGCUUUAAAUCACCUUCAGCUCCUCCAGAGACAGAAACGCAACGGCCGCCUCAGCCAGAAGCAGGAUGUUCGGCUUGCUGCUGCUCUGCUGCGCCUCCUCCGGUCUGCUGCGGCCAGCCGGCUCCCUGGUCCACGGAGGAGUCCGGCUGGACGACGGCCCAGCGGUCGCCGUCCGCCCCGACGCCGCCUACCUGGCUGACAUUGAUAGAGGCCACGCUCCCAGCCCUCUUCAAGAUGGCAGCCUCCUUCCUGUGGACUCAGAGGAAGACCGCUUGCUGAUGGAGGCGGGCUCCAACAAUGAGGACUUGUCUGCGCUGCAGCUGCAAGGCAGAGCCGUGCGUUCCCCUCGCCGCUGCAUCCCUCACCAGCAGUUCUGUCUGGGUUACUCGCUACCCUGCUGCGACCCCUGUGACACCUGCUACUGCCGCUUCUACAACGCCAUCUGCUACUGCCGCCCGGUGGGCCACACCUGCCCACAGAGACCCACCUGAACCAGAGACCCACCAGAACCAGAGACCCACCAGAACUGGAAACCCACCAGAACCAGAAACCCACC